AUGGAGAAGAAGAAGAAGAUUGGGCAGCUGGUUGGGGUCUUAAUCUCCAUCCCUACUUUCAAAGGGCGUCUACGUCUAGGAUGUAAACUGCACCGCCGCUAUGGAGGAGUCCAAUAUAGAACCACCAAACAACACAUCAAACUAUCCUCCACGGCCUCCGUCGUUUUUAUCAUUACCGGAGGACAUAGUUUUGAGCUGCUUGGCUCGUAUCGAACUCGUACUACCCAAAGCUCUCUCUUGUCUCCAAGAUCUUCCGCUCGUUCGUCCUCUCAAACUGCCUCUAUCAGGUACGAAGCCUACUUAAUACUCAAGAAGAGUGUCUUUAUCUCGGCCUACGGUCACCCGAAUUCAUUGGUACCACUGCCCUCUUCCUAUACUCCUUUCCCACCAUAUUUACCAUGCGAAAAGGUUGGCUCAAAACUUUACAUGAUCGGCGGCCAAGACUACCGCUCCUCGUCCAUGCGGGUCUAUAAUGAGCUGACUGGCAUGUGGAGUAACGCCCCUAGGAUGCUGAUGAAACUACGUAUUGGGGUGAGGUUUUCGACCCAAAGAGUCAAACUUGGGAACCUUUACCGGACCCGCCCUGAGGUCCGUUUCUCUUUAAAUAAAAAGCUCAUACUGAGCCCUGGAAAGAUUUAUGUGACGAUCAAGAAGAAGAAUGUGGAGAGCAAGAAGAAGAAGAAGAAGAAUGUAGAGAGCAAGAACAAGAAGAGGCAGUUUGUUUACCUUUUAAAAGAAAAAAAAUGGGAAGUUGUCGAGGAUCACUUAAGAGUGAUGGAGUGUUGUGUGAUAGAGAACGUAGCAUACUCUUAUGUGCAUAAAAAAUUCUGGUGGUAUGAAACAACCUCGUCAGACGAGGAGAGAUUGGUCAACGGUUUGACUGGACUUGAUGCGUACGUUAUAAAUGAUACCGAAAUUGGUACUUACGGUGGAAAGCUCGUAAUCUUUUGGGACAGUCCUGCCUCGUCUCCUCUUGAUGAAACCAAGGAAAUUUGGUGUGCUGUGAUUUUGCUUGACAAGAGCAUCAGUGGUGAAGUUUGGGGUCAUAUUGAAUCGGUUGGUUUUGUGCUUAGAGUCCCUGUGUCAUACACACUAUGGCGUUGUCUUUAA